GUUUCCUUGUAUUUCAUAUUUGGAUGAAAACUUGAAGGACAAUGACAAAGGAGCGCACUUCUGUUUUAAUCCCACUGUGCUUAAGGGCAUGAGUUUCAGACUCUUUCUCAGUCAUGAAGUUUCUUGGGCAGACCCAUUGCCAGAGGCUUCCUCUAAAGAGCUCAGAAGACAGGAAUUAAACAUGCUGCAUUUGUACUAUCACUGGGUUUUUCUUCAGAUACAGUUAAGACAAAAAUGCAUGUUAUUCAACAGACGGAGAAAAUAAUUUAAGAUGGCUGUUUUUAAAAAGUGUAAGGCAUCAUUAUUUAAAGGGCUCCAUAUCAAUAAAGAGGAACAAAAAAACUUUGAAGUGACUUGUAUCCACUUGAUAGUUUCCUGCACCAGAUAGAUAAAAUGAAAUGACAGGUGUGCAAUUUUCACCGCCUGUGUAAACAUGUGUUCACCUGGUUGCCUGGAUCAUGUUUCUGAUCAAAUGUUUUGGAUUACUGGGUUUUCUUUCCAGAUGGAUUACAGUGGACCUCCUUGCAAUUCCCGAAGAAGGAAUAGUUAUGACAGCAGCUACUAUACAGAAACAUUAAGUGAUUCAAAGCAAGGGAAGAGUUCGGUUGUUUCCAGCCUUGAUUGUUUGUCGAGUAUUGUGGAGAGGAUUUCAACAGACAGUACAGCCUGUCCAACCCUGCCUGCGGUUGAAAGUGGAACCGAAGGGAGCCCCUGCUCACUCCAUGAUGGGGCCAGCCUGAGCGACACUGGAACCCAAAUCACCUCCCCAAAUAGCUGUACUCAGCUCCCCCAGGAAGCUACCAGCAACAGUGCCAGCAACCCUAUCUACCAAGUGCUAUAAAGGCACUGCAGAUACGAUCUGCAGCCUUGGGACUGUUCCAAGCUAGCCAGCAAAUAACACUUAAAUCUGCUUUUCCAAUGAUUAAAAAAGACAACACUCAUGGGUUGUUGGGUUUUUAAAAACCAGUUUUCUAAUGUAUCUAAUAAUUCCUUUCAAAUAUAUAUUUUCCAAGCUUGUAUUACUUUAAAAUACAGUGGGCCCUUGGUAUCUGCUAGAGUUUGG